GCCGCCGCCGAGCGCUGGGUCUCGUGAGCGCCGCUGGGGGGGGGCGGGGGGUCCCGGGUGCCGCGGCGGGAGCGGGCGAGACCCCGGCGGCGCGGCGGGCUCACGUGAGGCCGCGGCUUUGAGGCCUACCCCGGAGCGGGGGGCGCUCGGUGCCGCAGAGCUCCGCCGCCUCCGGAGCGCAGGCCGGCAGGCUCCCCCGCCGCCGCCCGCGGGCACCGCCGAGCCGGCCCGGGAGGCGCCUACCGCGGCUAGAGGUGGGUGAUGCCAAGCACAGCCAUGAAGAAAAAGGUGCUGCUGAUGGGUAAAAGUGGGUCUGGGAAGACCAGCAUGAGGUCCAUUAUCUUUGCAAACUACAUCGCCAGGGACACACGGCGCCUGGGUGCCACAAUUGAUGUGGAGCACUCCCAUGUUAGAUUUCUAGGAAACCUGGUAUUAAACCUCUGGGACUGUGGAGGACAGGACACCUUCAUGGAGAACUACUUCACCAGUCAGCGGGACAACAUCUUCCGCAACGUAGAAGUCCUCAUCUAUGUCUUUGAUGUAGAGAGCCGUGAACUGGAGAAGGACAUGCACUACUACCAGUCAUGCUUGGAGGCAAUUCUUCAGAACUCUCCUGACGCAAAGAUCUUUUGUCUAGUGCACAAGAUGGACUUGGUGCAGGAGGAUCAGCGGGAUUUGAUUUUUAAAGAGCGUGAGGAAGACUUGAAGCGCCUUUCCCGUCCCUUGGAAUGUGUGUGUUUUAGAACUUCCAUCUGGGAUGAAACGCUUUACAAGGCCUGGUCCAGUAUAGUCUAUCAGCUGAUCCCCAACGUCCAGCAGCUGGAAAUGAACCUGAGGAACUUUGCUCAGAUCAUCGAGGCAGAUGAAGUGCUUCUGUUUGAGAGAGCCACUUUCCUGGUCAUUUCUCACUAUCAAUGCAAAGAACAGCGGGAUGUCCACAGAUUUGAGAAAAUCAGCAACAUUAUUAAACAAUUCAAGCUGAGUUGCAGUAAGCUGGCAGCUUCUUUCCAGAGUAUGGAGGUCAGGAACUCUAACUUUGCUGCUUUCAUUGACAUCUUUACAUCAAAUACAUAUGUGAUGGUGGUCAUGUCAGACCCUUCAAUACCUUCUGCAGCUACGCUGAUCAACAUCCGCAAUGCCAGAAAACACUUUGAGAAGCUGGAGAGAGUGGAUGGACCAAAGCACAGCCUGCUUAUGCGCUGAACGUUGGCCAAGGCACGUGGCCUUUGGGGGGAGAAAAAAUGAAUUGGAACUACUUAUUUUUAGGAGAAUCUAACAAUGUCGAUGUCUUUGUUGGGCUUUGAAAUGAGUGUGCUGCUUUAUUUUUUCUCCUUUUAACGUUGGACACUAGUCACUCCGAGGAUGGCUGGAUACACUGCGGACCUUCAAAAGAGACUUCCCUGGCGUACGUGGGGUUGGGAAGAAGUAAGGACAGGUGAUGUGCACGUGGCCUCAUACUCCUGGUUGUCAUAGUGGCACAUGGCAGAGCCAUUUUUUGGAUGUUUUUGCUCCCGGGUGAUCAUACAAGUCACAGGAAUGGAAUAUUUACUGUUUUAUUGGUUGGUUGCUAGAAUACGUUUAUAAAUUUCUCCUUGUCUUCAGUCAUGAAAAUAAAUUUUUUGCUACCAGGGA